AUGGCCCACAUGACCAGGGGACUAGUGGAGGGCCAAAAGACAUGUCCCCAAAAGAUUUUAACGAUGCUGACCUUGAGUCUUAUCUACUCACAGUUCUGUGCUUCAACAGAUGAUGGCUCUAAGGUGAUAUUUCAAAACACACAGAGACUUUCUGCGACAGAUAAUCUUUUCCACACUGAUGUGUUGAUCCAGGAUGCUGUGGAGCUACGUGCCAUGUUGGAUAGUGGUUCGAUGGCCUGUUCUUUGAGCUCUUGUAUGCUUCCUCUCCUUGAGCAGGCUAAUGUUAUCUCUUCUGACUUGAUCUCUCCCACAUCUGUUACCCUUAUUGGAUGUGGCGGUUCAAAAACCAGACCUGUUGGCGUGUGUGAGCUUCAGAUGACAAUCUUUGACUGUCACAUCUCAGUACCCACACUUAUUGUGGACGGCCAAUGUGAUGACCUCAUUCUUGGCAGCAAUGUCAUAAAACACCUCAUUCGCGUUCUGAAAUAUUCUGGGAAUUUCUGGGAGCAAGUGUCACUUUCCGACAAGACAUCCGUGGAGGGGGAAUGUUUGCUGCAGCUACUGGCUGCUGUGGAGACAUGGAAAGAUGGUGAGUGCCCUGAGAAGGUUGGCGCUGUCAAACUCAAACAUGCUGUGACCUUGGAGCCCAUGACAGAACAUUUAGUUUGGGGUCGCCUGCCCAGCCAUGCAUGUCUCUCUGCUGGCAGCGCAGUGGUUGUGGAGCCAAGUGAGUCGCGCACAGUGCCACGAACAAUAGUAGUGGGGCGGGUUGUAACGCCAUUAUGGGGCGAUGGGUGGGUCCCAGUGAGAGUCAUUAACCCCGCUACUAAACCAGUAACCCUGAAACGCAAUUGUAUAAUUGCAGACGUGUCCCCUUGUGUAGCACUAGAGGACUUUGACACUGACUACUUGUAUGACAAUGACCAACCCAAUGAUGUAAAAUGCACAGUUACCAGGACGGUUGACCAGACUGACACAGGUAGUGAGAAAAGCUUAACAGUUGACUCAGAGUAUGCUGCACAUAGACCUUACAGCUUGACACUCCAUGAUUUUGGACUGGGGGACAUUGACAUUGACUCAAGUAGUCUGUCUCCAUUCUGGAGGACUAAGCUUGUUGAUCUGUUGGCCAAAUAUGAGUCCAUCUUCUCCCGCAACAGUUUGGACUGUGGAAAAGCCAAAUACUUUGUCCAUCACAUCCGGCUGAGUGACAACAAACCCUUCAGACUGCCAUAUCGUCGCUUGUCCCCAUCUCAUUAUGAGAAGCUGAAGGUAGCUCUGAAUGAAAUGGAGGAACGAGACAUCAUAAGGAAGUCCACAAGUGAGUACGCCUCACCACUUGUCCUUGUCUGGAAAAAGAACGGUGACCUACGGCUCUGCACAGACUUUCGCUGGCUGAACGCGCGCACCAUCAGAGACACACAUCCCCUGCCUCACCAGGCUGACGCCUUGGCUGCUCUUGGAGGAAACGCUUUCUUUUCGACUAUGGACUUAACCUCAGGCUACUAUAAUGUGGAAGUUCAUGAGGAGGACAGGAAGUUCACCGCGUUUACCUCUCCCUUUGGACUGUAUGAAUAUAACCGGCUCCCUCAGGGGCUGUGCAACAGCCCGGCCACGUUCAUGAGGAUGAUGAUGACGAUCUUCGGUGAUCAAAACUUCUUAAGCCUUCUCUGCUAUCUAGACGACAUCUUGGUGUUCGCUCCCACUGAACAGUUGGCACUGCAGAGGCUGGAAAUGGUGUUUGAGAGGUUACAGACGCACAACCUGAAGCUUGCUCCUAAAAAGUGCCACUUCAUGAGACCAUCUGUGAAAUUUCUGGGACACAUCGUGCAGAGAAAUGGCAUUUCCACUGACCCUGACAAAGUCACAGCCAUUGUUGGCCUGGGGGAGAAAGACUUGAUGGAGGAGGGCACCGACAUACCUUCUCCUUCCAAGAUCAGAUCAUUCCUUGGUAUGGUUGGAUUUUAUCAACAGUUCUUCGAGGGAUACUCACGCAUUAGCAAACCUCUGUUUGCACUGACAUCUGGGGUGAAGAGGCCGCAAAAUACCAAGGACAAAAAGCGCCCACCUGUCUCUAGGAAGCUCUCUUCUGCUGAUUGGACUCUGGAAUGCAGUGAAGCUUUCAGGAAGCUGAAGCAGGCUUUGUUGGAGAAUGCCACCCUUGCUCAUCCUGACUUCAGUAAGCCUAUCUCUGUCCCAACCAGUCAGCUAAGGUUGUCGCUCAGCAGCUCUGGAACAAUUUUUUUUUGUGUAUAUGGCUUUCCUGAGCGUGUGCAUUCUGAUCAGGGGGCGAACUUUGAGAGCAAUCUGAUCGCUGAAAUGCUCAAAGUUGCUGGUGUGGAGAAAUCUCACACGACUCCUUACCACCCCAUGGGUAACGGAGUGGUUGAAAGGUUCAAUCGCACCCUUGGAAAUAUGAUCAGAGCCCUUCCACCGAAGGCCAAGCAGCGGUGGCCUCAGCUCUUGAAAUCUCUCACCUUCUCCUAUAAUGCCACUGUACACGAGACUACUGGCUUUGCCCCUUUUCAACUCAUGUUUGGCAGAACCCCCAGGUUGCCUGUGGACAUGGUGUUCCAGUCUGUGCUGUUGGAUGAUCAGGUGGUGGACUACGAUGAUUAUGUCCAGUGUCUCAGGCGUGACUUGGUGAAUGCUAUCAGGAUCGCUCAGACCUCAGCCACUAAACAGCAAGAGAGGCAAACCGACCUUUACAACCGCAAGCUGAGAGGUGCACCAGUGGAUGUUGGAGACAGGGUCUUGUUGGCUAACAAGGGAGAGAGAGGCAGGAGGAAACUUGAUGAUCGCUGGGAGAACCACCUCUACACUGUUGUGGAGAAACAGGAGAGCACUCAUACCUUCAGACUCAGGAACUGUGCUACAGACCAGGAGAAAGUGGUCCACAGGAAUCUCAUCAUGCCUGUGAAUUUUCUACCUGUUCCGACUGAACCUGAGGACCCUGGUUCUUUUGUCAGUGACCUGACUGAUGUGGAUGGAUCUGCCCUGGAUGUGGACAUUGACGGACCGUCUAUGCCACCUGACAGUGUACAGGACAGGACUGUCACAUGGGUGUCCCAGCUCCCAGUUUCCACUGGAGAUCAAAUGACAGCUGUGGCAGAUGUAGCCGCCAUGGAUGACUCAGUGGAGCCUGCAGAUGAACAUGACCAGUCCGGUCUGUGUGAUCUGACUGAACCCCAUUCCGCUAUCACCACACCUCCAGAUAACGUGCUGCCGUCUUAUGCCGGUUCUGUUGUCACAGCAGGGGCAGUGCGUAACCUUCUCAGUGAUAGGGCACUCGAUGUGAGAACGAGGUGUGGUAGAGCUGUUAGGCCAGUUGUUAAGCUUAUUCAAAAUAUGCACCAGAAAGUUCUUGCUGGUCGCUAAAUGGUUAUGCUAUGCGAUGUUUUUGAGAAAAGGUGUAUGUUGAUUUCAGGUAUUUUGAUGGGGAUCUGAUUUUUGUUUUAUUUCCUUCUGUCAGAACAGGGAAAUCUGUGUGUGACUAAUGAUACAGUAUGUAUUCAGGUGAUGUCUAUUGGUACUGUUUAAUUUGAUUUGUGAGUGACUUAACAUGUAGAUGGGCAUGUUUUCCUAUGGGUGUCGAAAGGCGUUGCUAACCUUUCCCAUUCUAAUUCUUCAGGAAUAGUCUUGUGACUGGAAUACUCAGAAUCAGUGAUCUUAGUAGUACUGCACAAUCGAAUAGGAGGACAAUUUUUUUUUCUGAGUGGUUUUUUGGUACCUGGUGUGGUUUUUGUUUCAUAUUGUCUCACAAUCUACUCUAAUUUUUUGUGUGUUUCUUUUGGUUGAGCUUGAAGGAGCAAGUUGAGAUCAGUAGGGGGGAAUGUAACAGAGGUAAUUUAUGAUCUCAAUUGCUUACUGUCUUACUACUCCUCUUAAUUUAAUGUCAUUUUAUUUUAAUGUCAUCUUAUCUAAUUUAUUACAUUUACACAUUAUGUAAUGUGAUUCUUUAUUUUGCAAAUUUUAUUAUUCUAAGUUUAGUACUGUAAUUUCCUAUAUUUUUUUAUGGUCACUGAAC